AUGGUGUUACUGGCAUCCCCAAGGGGCUUCUGUCCCCUACAAUAUGACCGGCUUUACCAAUUUGGCGCAGAUGAAGAGGUGGGCGAGCGUAAGGGGUUCCAGCAAAAAGCCAUCCUGAAGGAACACCAGGACGAAAUGACAACAAACGAGCCGUCCACUCCACUCCAAGUUGCGGUGCUCUCAACUUACCAUACAGUGCAGUCUGGUGCAACAGGGGAUGCUCAAACAGGUGCCCAACCCUCAGUGCAGGGCACCCUGCCGCACUUCAUUCAGGAGCCAGAGAACGCAUACAUCGUCAAGAGCAAUCCUAUUAAACUGCGCUGUCAAGCCACACCUGCCUUGCAGAUCUUCUUUAAAUGCAACGGAGAAUGGGUUCACCAGAAUGAUCACUUCUCCCACGAGUAUAAGGACCUCAACACUGGUUUAAAGGUGCGGGAGGUGAUGAUCAACGUGUCUCGUCAGCAGGUAGAAGAUUUCCAUGGCCCAGAGGACUAUUGGUGUCUCUGUGUGGCGUGGAGUCACUUAGGUACCUCCAAGAGUCGCAAGGCUACUGUCAGAAUCGCCUACCUGAGAAAAAACUUUGAGCAGGACCCCCAGGGGAAGGAAGUGCCAAUCAAUUGGAUGAUCGUUCUGCACUGUCGCCCUCCAGAGGGAGUGCCUGUGGCAGAGGUGGAAUGGCUGAAGAAUGAAGAGUUGAUCAGUUCCCAAUCUGAUGACAACAUUGACACCAGGGCAGACCACAACCUCAUUAUAAAUGAGGCACGUCUGUCUGACUCUGGAAAUUACACCUGUAUGGCCAGCAACAUUGUGGCCAAGAGACGCAGUGCUACAGCCACUGUGAUAGUCUUUGUCAAUGGCGGCUGGUCCCUGUGGACAGAGUGGUCAGGUUGUAAUGUGCCAUGUGGACGAGGUGUACGGAAAAGAUCCCGGACCUGUACAAACCCAGCGCCGCUGAACGGUGGAGCUUUCUGCGAGGGCAUGUCUGUGGAGAAGAUAUCAUGCAAUGCCCCAUGUCCAAUUGAUGGAGGCUGGGAUGAAUGGAGUGAAUGGACCAAUUGCAGCAGCCAGUGUGAAAGACAGCGAAGUCGGGAGUGUAACUCCCCAGCACCCAAACACAGCGGCAAGAUGUGUGAAGGGAGCUCAGAGGCCACUGAGAACUGCACAGAUGGACAAUGUACCCAAAAUCGAAAGCUGCUACAUGACGUUAAACCUCAAAGUAUGGACAGUACCAAUGAUGUUGCUCUGUACUCUGGCUUGGGAGCCGGUAUUAUUGCCGUGGGGAUACUGGUGGUAGCUAUCAUGCUCUACAGGAAGAACCAGAGCGAGUAUGGUGUAGAUGUCAUUGAAUCCUCUGCGCUUGCUGGAGGGUUUCAGUCUUUCAACUUCAAGACUACCAGACAAGGAAACCCCCUGCUUCUCAACUCCUCAAUUCCGCCAGACUUAACUGUGGGACGCACCUACAGCACUUCCCUGUGCUUCCAGGAUGGUGCAGACAAAGAGCUUUUUGACCCCUUGCCAGACAUCAAGGUGAAAGUGCAGAGCUCAUUUAUGGUCUACGGUGUUGCAGAGCGGGCUGAGUUCCAUGCCAAAGCCCCUGUUGAGACCUUCCCACGGGACCUGAGCCAGGAUUACUGCAGCUCAAUGGACAGACAAAAAAAAGCUCUGCUCACCUUCAAUGGACCUUUAAGCACUAGUAAGGAGCAGCUGAGGACUACUGGUGUAUUUGGUCAGCAUGGAGGACGCCUGGUGUUGCCAAACACUGGCGUGAGCCUGCUUGUGCCUCAUGGAGCCGUGGCUGAAAAUAUGUCCUGGGAGAUGUACGUGGUGAUCAAUCUGAGAGAAGCAAGUGUCAAUACACUGGAAGACUGUGAAAUCCUCCUGAGCCCUGAGGUUAUGUAUGGCCCUCCUGGUCUGGACCUAUCCUGCCCAGUGGCCAUGACUGUGGCUCACUGUGCUGAGGUGGACUCGGAGAAUUGGAACAUCCAGCUCAAGAGGAGAACCCAGGGCAGUAAAUGGGAGGAGGUGAUGCUGGUGGAGGAUGAGUCAACUUCUUGUUACUGCCUAAUGGACUCGACAAGCUGCCACCUGCUGCUCGACCAGCCAGGUUCAUAUGCCCUCGUGGGUGAGCCUCUGACACAGGCUGCCAUCAAGAGGUUGAAACUAGCAGUGUUUGGGAGUAUGGAGGGAACUUCAAUGAACUACAGUCUGCGAGUGUACUGUGUGGAUGACACGCCACAUGCCUUUCAGGGAGUGGUGGCAGCAGAGAAGAGUAGAGGGGGUCAGCUCCUCGAGGAGCCAAAGAUGUUGCCUUUUCGAGCGAACACCUUUAGCCUACAGGUGUCUAUCCAAGAUGUGCCCCAGUUCCUAUGGAGCAUCAAGCCCUUUACCACCUGUCAGGAAUUCUCGUUUCCCCAAGUGUGGUGCAGCAACCAGCAGCCUCUGCACUGUGCCUUCUCUCUGGAGAGAUACAGCCCAGCCACUACGCAGCUCUCCUGCAAAAUCAGCGUGCGGCAGGUCAAAGGCCAUGAAGAGAUUCUGCAGGUUUACACAGCUGUUGGCAAGACUGAAAAGGAAUCGGUUCCAAUUUUCAUGCAGACAGACUGCACCAUCACCUCUCAGACAGGGCCCAAGGCUUUUAAAAUCCCCUUAUCCAUCCGCCAGAGGAUUUGCGCCACCUUUGACACUGCCAACGCCAAGGGCAAGGACUGGCAACUCUUAGCCCACAAGCUCCACUUAGAUCGAAACCUUGGUUAUUUUGCAAAGCAGCAGAGUCCCUCAGCUAUCAUACUGUGCCUAUGGGAGGCUCGCCACCAAGACACUGCUGACCUUGACUCUCUUGCCAGUGCCCUAGAGGAAAUUGGCAAGAUCCACCCCAAAAGUUCUCCCCAGGAUCUGGAGGAGGAGGAGACUGACUUGAAUCAAAUAAAUGCACGCAGUCUGAGAUGA